GGAUUUACUUUUUUUAUGAUAACAUUUUUCCUUUUAAUUCCUCUUGUUUGUGCGCUCACGCGAGUUUGGGGUGACAUGAUACUAAUGAUAGACAAUUUACGAAUUACAUUACCUAUGCUGUCAGUUUUAUUAAAACUUGUUAUUAUGCGAUGGAAACAAUCAAUUGUCUUAUCGAUCGUAAACAUGAUUAGAGAAGAUUGGAUGACGUUGAAGCUAGACGCAGAAAGAGAUGUAAUGAUAAAGCGUAUGAGGACUGCUCGACUUAUUGUAAUUUGUGCAUACGUUCUGAUAAUAUUCGCGUUUAUUAUCGUCACCAUUUUUCCUUUUUUUGGUUUAUCGUUCAGAAAUCUAACAAAUCUCACGGAUCGGAACAAACCGUUACCGUUCCAGACAUAUUAUUUCUACGACACAGAUAAGAAUCUGCAGUUCGAGUUAACAUAUCUUACUCAAGUCACAGCGCUGUUACUGGCUACGAUAAUUUAUACGUCAGUGGAUACUUUUCUUGGAUUCGUGAUUCUUCAUAUCUGCGGUCAAUUAGAAAACUUCAGACGCCGGUUAAUCAAUUUAGUCGUCGGCAAAGAGUUUAACAAAACUCUGAGAAACAACGUAGUGACUCAUUUACGACUUAUCAGGUAUGUCGAUAACACUGAAGAUAUAUUCACUUUAAUAACGCUCGGUUCAAUAAUAUAUUUUAGCAUUAUAUUUUGUCUAUCUGGAUUUGCGUUGCUUGUUGUGACUACUAAUGAGAAAAUAAAUGUCACGAAUUUCUCACGAAUAUGCUACAUGAUAGUAGCUAUCAUUAUUGUUUUUAUGCAAAUGUUCUUCUAUUGCUAUGCCGGAGAGCUGAUAACAGAACAAUGGGAAGCAAUAUACCAUGCUGUGUACGAUCAUGAGUGGUACAAAUGGGAGUCCAAACAAGCGAAAAAUCUUAUUCUAUUAAUGGUACGAGUUCAGCAACCCUGCGGUAUCACAGCAGCAAAGAUUGUUCCAUUAACGAUGACUACUUUUUGCAGCCUAUUAAAAACGUCAGCUGGUUAUAUAUCGUUUUUAUCGGCAAUACUGGAUUAAAGGAAUAAGCCGGUAUUUCAUAGUAAUAACACAUAAUGAUACAUAUAGUAUUACACAUUAAUAAUAUAUAAUAAUACAUUAAUUCAAGAAGACGAGAACAUGAGAAGUGAAUAUAUUUUUCUCCAGUUAAGAUUACUAAUAAAAGACAAUUAUUACAUUCGUUAUAAAGAAAAUAAAAGUUUACAUUCGGGAUAUUUACCUUGAUUUUUGCGUCUUUUCAUAAAUGACGUUAUUUUUGUUUGAAGAUUAUGAUCAUCAUUGUUAUACGAAUAGCUUGAUUCAAACUAUAGAUUUACAUAUCACGUUUUUCAUGUAUAGAAAAAGAACAAACUUUUAAUUUAACAUUUUCUACGUCUAAUCACCACUUCAAUUCCGUCUGUUGCACUUAAUGUGUGUUACAUCAAUAAAUGUGUUCUCUUGCAACAAGCAUGCGAAAAACAUGUAAAGCUACUGCGCGACAUUCUAUACCCUUUGUACUUGUUUCCUUUUUUGCUACCAUUUUUUGCUGUACAGAAAAUGUUUUCCGUUACGUAAAAUGCAAUUAUUUGCCACUAUUUUCGAAGUUAACGCACGUACAUGAAGCAUUACAAAGUACGAAAAAAUUUUUAAUACAAGUUCGACGAUAUAUAGAGAUACAAUAUACUUUUCGUUUUAUCAAAAACAGGUGUUUCUAACUAUUCUUUUGCUUCAAGUUUUUAUGCGAAAAGUUUUGUUACGAAACAGGGAACUCUACGCGACUGGAUGUAGCAUCUUUAAUAUUUAAUGCAGCUUCGACGAAGCAGCCAGGUUGUUAUAUCUGUCUUACAAGCAUGCGUAAUAAUUAUCUUAUUAUAGGAUGGAAAGAACAUGACAGUCAACAACUUUUCAACAUAUUCGCAUUAGCCUUCGAUAUGGACAUAUCGGAAUUAACAAGUUACAGAGGUAAUAAGUGUUUCUUAUUGCGAUUAUAUACGUUUUCCAUCUAUAAUACCUAUAUUCAAUGUCUGUAAUACAAGUUUUUAAAUUAGUAUUGUAAUGCAUUAACAUGUCACAUUUCGGUUUCAUCACUUUUCAUCGAAAUUUUACGAUUCACAUAUGCAUUUGUAAUUAUCGUAUUCAAGUUCCUUAUACCAUAAAAAAAAUAUUUUUAGAUUUUGAACGGGCAAUUAAACUAAACCGUCUGACUUUAAAGUGUAUCGGCUUAUGGCCUAUAACCGAUAAAGUCGGUAUAAAAAAAUUCGGAUCUGACAUUCGCAUGGGUUUGAUUUUCAAUAUGAUAACAUUUUUCUUUGUAAUUCCUCUUGUUUGUGCGCUUAUGCGAGUUUGGGGCGACAUGGUACUAAUGAUAGACAAUUUACGAGUUACAUUACCUAUAUUAUCGGUUUUACUAAAAUUUAUUAUUAUGCGGUGGAAGCAAUCAAGUAUGUCCGGAUCGAUUUGAUAUAGAAUGUGUAACUAUAGAUCUCAUUUUUUGUCAAAUUCUAUUAAAGUACU